AUUUAUUGCCGUAUGACUUGGUCGGACACAAAACCUCGUCAUGAACGGUUUAGAGUCGCUAAAAAUGUAUUGAGAGACGGGGAGCGAUUAAAAAAACUACUCUUACUUUCGAUAAUCGUAAUAAUAAUUUUAGUAAAGCGAGAUUCCUUCGGGUAGCCUAGAGGGACUUCCUCGUUGGUACGUUUUUAAGUGCCAAUCUAUGAAGAAAUAUAGCUCGGAAACUUGCUUUGCCCAGAAAAGCUGAUUUGGAGAAGCGGAAAGACUUUGCUUUAGUUCAUUGGAAUUGUGGAAAGGUUGAGAAAUAUAUUAUGGAGUGACAAAAUGAAUACAAAUUUUAUUUGGGAAUGAUGCGAGAAGAAAAAAAACAGUGAAAAGUAGUGGAGAAAAUCUUAUGGUCUGAAUCUGCGUUUCUUGGGAGGACGCCGGCCCGUUACAUCUCAUAGAUAACACUAGACAUAGAUUUGCAUAUAAAAACUUGCUGGAAAUUGUAACCCUAGCGUAACCUGAAGAAAACAUGCCACUGCUGUCGAAACUUUAGAAAACAUGAAAACGUCAUUUCAGGAGCAUAAAUGUCAUAGAAUGGCUAAGUCAGGCUCUUAGCAUUAAUCCUAUUGUAAAUUUUUGGGGAGAGACACACACCUAUUUUAUGUCCAUCUGUGUACAUCGUUUUGAUCGCACUUAGUGUCCGUAAUCAGUCCGUAAUAUUCCUAUGUUCAGUUCAUUCAUUCAUCAAUUCAUUUAUUAUUUAGUUGAUUAUAUGAUAUAAUUUCAAAAAAAAGCGCACAAUCUUUUCGAAACAUUGCUAAAGUAAUAUAAAAAUGAUGCAAAGCGAGGCUUUAAUGUAUUGAAUCAUAGUUAUUAGUAUCAUAUUCGGGGAAUGUUUUAUUUAAUUUGUCAAUUACUGCCAGUUAACAUCGUACCGAGAGAAAAACUUAUUGUGACAACUUGUGAUUUUGUUCAACGUACGAUUCAUACAAUCGGCGAAGGGAGCGAGUGGAGAGAGAGGGGGGAGAUAAAGAGAGAUAAGGAAGCAAGUCAAGAAGAUUUCACAUAUUAUGACAUGUUUGUGUAAAGCAUAAUUCACAAUUAGUUGAAUAAAUGGCUUAAUAUUAAUGUAAAUAAACGCUAAACAAAUGCGAAAUUGUUGUGUGGUUGCUUGCUACUGAAGAUAGCUCAGAGAUGAGAGACCUUAUAGUAUAGUCGACAUGGAAAUAGAGACAAGCGGGGAAAAAACGCCAAUGACAUGUGGCGAACGUACAAAAACUUUUAUUGCCAAUCAUUGGAAGGGUCUUGUCGUGUUUCUGGUACCUCUUAUAUGCUUACCUGUGAUGUUAAUACAUAAUUCACCUGAAUAUCGUUGUAUGUACCUGCUUAUAGUUAUGGCAAUAUUUUGGGUAACCGAAGCCCUGCCUCUCUAUGUUACCUCAAUGAUACCCAUUGUUGCGUUCCCGGUAAUGGGCAUAAUGAGUUCCGAUCAAACGUGUCGUUUAUAUUUUAAAGACACUCUAGUCAUGUUCAUGGGUGGCAUUAUGGUCGCCUUGGCUAUUGAAUAUUGUAAUUUACACAAACGUUUAGCUUUGCGCGUUAUACAAAUUGUAGGCUGCAGUCCCCGAAGAUUACAUUUCGGGCUAAUAUUUGUUACUAUGUUUCUAUCUAUGUGGAUCUCAAAUGCUGCAUGCACAGCAAUGAUGUGUCCCAUAAUACAGGCUGUUCUCGAGGAAUUACAACAACAAGGAUUAUGUAAGAUGACCCGAGAACCCGAAUAUCAAAUAGUGGGAAAUAAUAAGAAAAGUGGUGAAGAUGAAACGCCUUAUCCUUCCAAGGUGACUUUAUGCUAUUUCUUAGGCAUUGCCUACGCAUCGUCUUUAGGCGGUUGUGGUACUAUAAUUGGUACUGCUACUAAUCUCACAUUUAAGGGCAUCUAUGAAAGUCGUUUUCCUACAUCUACGGAGACUUUAGAUUUUCCAACUUUUAUGUUUUACUCGGUACCAGCUAUGCUGGUUUAUACUGGUCUAACUUUCCUCUGGUUGCAAUACCAUUACAUGGGAUUAUUCCGUCCUAAAAGUAAAGAAGCGGAAGAAGUAAAAAUGGGUAAAGAAGGCGCUGAAGUCGCUCGUAAAGUAAUUGAUCAACGUUACAAAGAGCUUGGGCCCAUGAGCGCUCACGAAAUUCAGGUGAUGAUCUUGUUCAUUAUAAUGGUCGUCAUGUAUUUUACACGCAAACCAGGUAUUUUUCCAGGCUGGGCUGAUUGGUUAAAUGCCAAAGACAUACGUAACUCUAUGCCUACAAUAUUUGUAGUCGUCAUGUGUUUCAUAUUGCCCGCGAAUUAUGCUUUUAUGCGUUACUGUUUUGGGAGCGGGCCUUUACCCACAACUACUACACCAUCUUUAAUUACUUGGAAAUUUAUACAAUCCAAGGUUCCCUGGGGUUUAAUCUUUUUAUUGGGUGGUGGUUUCGCAUUAGCCGAAGGCAGUAAAGUCAGCGGUAUGGCGACUUUAAUCGGCAACGGUUUGGUCGGCUUAAAAUCUUUGCCACCCGCGGUAUUAUUAUUUGUUGUUAUCAUUGUCGCGGUAUUCCUAACUGCAUUCAGCUCUAAUGUAGCAAUAGCCAAUAUUAUUGUUCCUGUUUUGGCCGAAAUGUCUAUUGCCAUCGAAAUACACCCUUUGUAUUUAAUACUGCCGGCCGGUCUGGCGUGCAGUAUGGCAUUCCACUUACCUGUGAGUACACCGCCCAAUGCUUUAGUGGCUGGAUAUGCUAAUAUACGUACAAAGGAUAUGGCCAUUGCUGGUAUAGGUCCAACCAUUAUGACAAUGAUUGUAUUGUUUAUAUUCUGUCAAACGUGGGGUUUGGUAGUUUAUCCUAAUUUGACCAGUUUUCCUGAUUGGGCUCGAGCUGGCGUCUUAAAUGCCACAGUCUAGUUACUCUCAGAAACUACCGUGAGAAUUUCAGACCAACAUUAGCAUUUAAUGACUUUACAAUAACAAUACUAUACGAAAUAACAUCCAUAUAUAUAAAUAUAUAUUUAUAUAUUUAUAUAC